CCGAUGGGCACGGUGUCCGGGGCGCCGAAAAUCCAAGCCGUGAAGGAUAUCAUGGAAAUGGAGCGGUACCGCCCGCGCGGGGUGUUCGCCGGGGGCCUCGGAUUUUUCAACUACGAUGGGUUGACGACCGAAACCUGUAUCGCCAUCCGCACCGCCAUCGUGACCAAGGCACCGGAUCAUGAUGAGAGUCGGUCUUCAGUACCGUUAAACCAGGUGCAGCUGCAAGCCGGCGCGGGAAUCGUGUUCGACAGCGACCCGACCUCCGAGUAUGAAGAAACCGGCUUCAAAAUGAACGUUUUGAAAUCCGCGAUCAAGCAGGCAGAACAGGGAUUGAUGAGCGCAUCCACCGGGAACAACAAGAACAAAAAUCUCCUUUCCCUGCCCGGGUCUGCUUUGUUGCAGCUGGCCGGUGCAGCGGAGAUGAAAAAAAUGUCCUCCUCAUCUUCUACUUCGCAAAAAAUUCUCCAAAUGUCCGAGGGCCGCGAAAUCGACUACGGUGCGCGGUCGAGUUACGGGACGGCGCGACUGGAAACCAUGGUCGAGGAAAGACUCCAGGAAAUGCGAAAAGAAGAGGAGGGGAAGAAGCAAAGUCACACGACCGCAAAAAUUAUGACCGAGCGACGUGCGCAUCAACUUGUUGGCGAAAAUAAAAGUAAAAACACGUCGUCCACCUCCACCGCCCAAAAACCCAACCGCACCGCUUCCAGCCUGGUGUCGCACCUCCCCUUAACCCGGCCGUUGGAGAACAGGAAGCAGAACCACAAAAUUCUGUUGGUCGACAACUACGACUCGUUCACCUACAACAUCUACCAGUACUUCAGUGAGAUCAUUUCGCACAUCGCCAAUCAGUGCGACGCGGAGAAAGCAGAAGAAAUUGGGAAAGUAUCAUCUUCAAAUUCUGAGAACUACUACAAGGCGUCGAUCCAGGUGACUCGCAACGACGACCCGGAUCUGAUGAAGCUGAUCAAGUACUGGGACGAGCAAUUUGAGUCGAAUUCUUUUUUGGAGAACCUGGAAAAUUUCGACAACUCGGCCAGCACGUUCAGGACGGGGAGAGGCCCCGCGGACAGCUUUUCCUACAUUUCGCACAUCGUGCUGGGCCCGGGCCCGAAAUCGCCGAAGGAGGUGAAGGACGUGCUGUAUCCCGUCAUCGACUUUGCGGUCAAGUGGAAAAUCCCGCUCUUAGGGAUCUGUCUGGGCCACCAGACGCUCUGUGAGUACUUCGGCUGCGCGACGGAGGUUUGUAAAGAGGAAAUUUACCACGGAAAGCCGUCGAAAAUGGUCUUUAGCGAAGUGGUUUCAAAAUCGAACUACUCCAAUCCGCUGUUCCCGCGUAGCUAUUCAAUACCGGGAACAGGAAGCUCGACAGCGGCUCAGGAUGAUAUGAUGAGUCAAAAGCACGACCCGAACAACUGGAACAACGACGACGUGAAAGUGAUGCGGUACCAUUCCAUUGUCGCGAACAAGGAGCAGUUGCGGAAAAACAAGCACCUGCGUUGUACCGCAGUCUCGGAUUCGGAAAAGCAAGUGGUGCUGGCCGUGGAGCACAAGCACCUGCCGAUUUACGGUGUUCAGUUCCACCCCGAGUCGAUUGGCACGGAGCGCGGACACGAAAUGCUGUACAAUUUCCUCCUCGUCCACGGCUUCGGGAAGGACGCCGAGCUGUCGGCGUCCGCAUCUGUGGACGUAGUCAGCAGUGCUAAUGAUAGUGGAGCGGUGGUAGACGCGGAAAUGGUCGAUGUCGAACUUCUUGCAAGAACAGGUGACUUGGAUGAAAAUAGUAUUGACGCUAUCAACUUGAAGAAGCGCCGGAAGCUGGAUAAUCAUCCGCAGUCCCGCUCCCACGCCGCCACGCCGUCGUACUUCCGGAAACUGGAAAGCAACGACUUCUGCAAUUUCGUUUUCACGUGCGCUGGGUAUCCGAACAAGGAGCAGUUUAUCAACAGCUUGGUCGGCAUCCAAAACUCGAAGAAGGUGGAUGCGAUCGAGGUCGGCGUGCCGUUUUCCGACCCCUUCGCGGACGGCCCGGUCAUCGAGGAGUGCUACCGGGUGUGUUUGCAGGAGCAGCGAAUCCACAGCAUCCACGCGGUGUUGGACUUGAUCGAGGAGGCGCAAAAGACGCGGAACUUCUCCCUCCCGGUCAUUUUGAUGGGGUACUUGAACACCUUCUUCCAGGUGUCGCCGGUGUCCGGGGAGUUCGAAUUUCGGGACCAGUGGGGCACGCGGGCAGUCCAGCUCGGCAUCCGUCACGUGAUCGUGGUGGACAUGACGGCGGAUUGUUUGCACGUCGGAAACCUGAACAACGUGUUUCGGAAGGCAGGCUUGUCCUUAAUCCCGGUUCUCUCCGAAAACGUCGAGGAGCACGUGGUGCAAGAGUUGUGCGAAAUGGUGGAACUGCAAGGCACUGUGGGUGCAGAAGGUGCAGGAGUGGAACAAGCGGACCCCGUUCUGAAAAGGCCAAUCAUCUACGCGACAACCUACAUGGGGGUCACAGGUACUGCUCAUUUACAGGUUUUGUUUUGAAAAAUGACGUAGAUAAUUUUAGUUCUGGUCAUUGAGAAUGAUUUUCACGACGGUCUUCUUUUGAAUGUGAUGCAGCGUAGUUCCAGGAGGUUCUCAUCGCAAGCGCCAGCAAGGGUCACCGUCACCGAACAACAAGCGGUCUACUAAUUUUUUUGAAUCGUAUAGUUAAGUAGGUGCUGCCACAUCGACAUUUAUUAAAACGAAAAUCUCUCUUUCAGGUGCCACUACGUCCACGAUGCCAACGAAAAGCGCGAAGAACAAGUUCGAGAUCGAGGACAAAAUCGUGAAGACGCGUUACCAAAACCACUUGAAAACGCUUCAGCAGCACGGAUUUUUCCUCUUGAUGGGCUUCGGCAUCACAAACGGGUCGGAUGUGAACCUGUGUCGAGCGGCGUACGAGAAGAUUCCGAACGCCGCGGUGAUCGGGACGCAGUACUUGCGAAAGGCGAUCGCGCUCGGGGAGUCAGGCGUGGCUACGGAUAAGGAAUACAGUGAAAUGGUGAAGAACCUGUACGAAAAUUUUGACGCCGCAAAGUGCAAAUCGGCUUUUACUGACAACAAGAAAAACAUGGUCCCGGUAGUACACCCAUCCAGCCACCAGCGAAGUAGUAGAAACAGACAACUGACGAGCGCAAAUAAACCUCCGGAGCAAACGAUCACCCCGUUGAAGGUGUGCGGCUACACGAACCGGGAGGAAGUUAUCGCGUCCCUCUCGGACGGCGUGGAUUUUUUCGGGUUCAACUUCUACGAGAAGUCCCCACGCUACGUGUAUGGCCACGACAACGCGUUUGGGAACGAUGGCGAGCAGGAGUCUCUGAACAAAAUUGCGGACAUGUUCAGUUUGAUCCAAAACUGCAACUACCACAGCUAUAACCCCAAGUCGGUGGCGCUGUUGGUCGUGCCGGAGCCGAGUGGAGCGGCUGUCGUGAUCUCUGGUGGUAAAAAAACUAUUUUCAACGCGGUGAAGGAAGAAAUCCUGAAGCAAGUGUCGAAGCUUGCAGUCUUGAAACUCCCUCCCGACGUGAUCCAGUUGCACUGCGGCGGAACGACGGAGAUGGUGAAGUGUGUGGCGGAGGUUUUCCAGGACGCUGCCUUUUUACAACAGCUCGCACAGCAGGGAGUGGGAACAUCUUCGCGCAAGUUUCUUAUCGCUUUCGCGUUCGAUAGCACGGAAACCAUUCUGCAAGCCACCACGGUCGAGAGCUGCUCCAAGCUGCUGCUUCCCUCGAAUAAAGUUAUUACCGGUCUGCUGCUCGACUGCAAGAAGGGAAGCUCGCUUGGGGGCAACGGACUCACGUGGGAAGCGGCCAGUGUGGUGCCUCAGUUCUGCAAAAAGCUGGUUUCGUCCACCACCGGGGCAACAGGAGUGGAAGCGCGUCGUGUUGUCCCGCAGAAGCAACUCUUCGUGGCCGGCGGGCUGUGUCCGGAGAAUCUGAAUGGUUUAAGGGAGGGAUUGUUAGAAAACAGCGACGUGAGGGAAUUCAUGGCUGCGACAGGCUGCAGUCUCGCGUUCGACGUCGCGUCCGGCGCGGAGCAGUGCUUCACUCAGAGACAGAGUCCAAAUGCAGCCACGACAGCUGCUAGUAUCGACACGUACAGCGUCUCGCUGAAAGCGUACGAAAUUGCGGAACCGAUUGAGCAACACAAGAAACACUUGAAGUCGCAACUCCGCAUCCGGGCCUUGACCCGCAUUUGCAAACCACAGAGGAUCCCCAUGUUCUACGGGUUCUUCGGCGGCGCCUGGGUUUCGCAGCUGAUUCGCCGGGCGUGCGAGCAGCUGCAGAGGGAGUUCGUGAAGGUGUAUAGUCAGCCCUCGUUCUGGAAGGAGAUCGAUUUUCUCUACCAGAAGAUCGCCGCGCGGCCGACGGGCCUGUACAGGGCGGAAAACCUGACCAAGUUUGUCCGCCACUUGGUGCAGCGGUCCGGCAGGGAUAGUGACAAGGCCCGCCUCAACGGCGCGACGAUCUGGCUGAAGCGCGAGGACCUGCUGCACACCGGCGCGCACAAGAUCAACAACGCGAUCUUCCAGACGAUUCUGGCCAAGCGCAUGGGCAAGACCCGGAUCAUCGCGGAGACCGGCGCGGGGCAGCACGGCGUGGCCACCGCGGUGUGCUGCGCGUACCUGAACUAUCAAAUGUAAAAAUGUCGGGGUCUGGAAGAAUCCGAAAUUUGUUAUGCUGUUUUUGCAUGACACGGAAUGUCUGUCAUGGAAGCCCUAGCAUCACAGAUUUUCAGAGGCCUUCCUGAUGCCUCUUCCGCAUGACAAAUGCCCUCCACGCGUAGCACAAACCGGACUCCUCUUGCUGGUCAUGCAAUAUAGAAUUUUUUAGAGUCCAAAGGUAGCAUCACAAGUUCCAACCUUCCAGACCCAGACAUUUUUGCAAUCCAUAUGAACCUGCCCUGCACGAUCUACAUGGGCGGCAAGGACGCGCGGCGGCAACAGCUGAAUGUGCAGCGGAUCGUAUGACAGUGCACAACUCCCCCUCCCCCGCAUUUGUAUGGCAUGGACAGCAAUACAAGCAUGAGCAAGAAUGUCUGUUAAGCAUGACAAAUUUGGACUGUAGUGUAGUGCUGUUUGGGCUUCCAGGAUUUGUCAUGCAAACAGCGCUACGAAGCAGCAGCUCAAGCUGGAUUUGGGAUUUUGCAUUACAAAUAAGGGGGAGGGGGGGUUGUGCACUGUCAUAGAUCGAGUCCAUGGGCGCGAAGGUGGUCCCCGUGGAGAUCGGGUCGAAAACCCUGCGGAACGCGGUCAACCAAACGAUGCGGGACUGGGCGUCGAACAUUGAGUCCACGCAUUACGUGAUCGGCUCCUGCAUCGGCCCCGCCCCCUUCCCCUACAUCGUGCGGGAGGCCCAGGCCUGCAUCGGGCGGGAGGCGCGGAAGCAGUUCUUCGACAGCGAGAAGAAGCUCCCCAACUGCGUGGUCGGCUGCGUCGGCGGGGGCAGCAACUGCAUCGGCAUGUUCGACGCGUUCGUCGGGGACGAGGGGGUCGAGUUGCUCGGCGUGGAAGCCGGCGGGUUUCUGGAGGAGAACAACGAAUUUCUCGACGACAACAAAGUAGUCCACUCCGCGUCCAUUUCCGGCCCCGACGGCACGGUCGGGAUCCUCCACGGCUCGACGAACCUGAUGCUGCAGACCAACGGGGGACAGUCCGGGAGCUCGCACUCCGUGUCCGCCGGGCUGGACUACACCGGCGUGUCGCCGAUCCACAGCUUCUUGUCCGUCACCGGCCGCGCGAACUACAUGUCGAUCUCGGAUUUGGAAGCCUUGCGGGCCUACCAGAAACUCGCGAAAACCGAGGGGAUCCUGUGCGCGCUGGAAACCGCGCACGCGGUGGCCGGCGCGAUGAAGAAGGCAGCAAGUAUGGACAGCAGUCAGCACCUGAUCAUCAAUCUGUCCGGUCGCGGAGACAAGGACCAGCAAACCAUCAGCAAACAAACCCACAUGCUUGAACUGGUGGACGCGAUAGACUUGAUGGAGCAGUUCAUCAGUUGCACGUCUGGAAGAACUCCUGCAACCGGGAAUGAGUUUGCUCAUUUAGGUGAAGAAGCUGAAACAAGAGAAAUCACAACUGACCAGCUCUACAAGGCCGCGGAAACGUUUCUGAUUCACUCGGACCCGCAGCUGAUCGCGGAAAAUCCGCUCGUGGAGGCGAAAAUCUUUUCCUUCUUCACAAAAUUUUCCAAAACGUUCGUGGAAUACGAGGAAGUUCGGACGGCGGAGGAGACUGAGCAGUACGCCCAGAAGCUCGCGGACCUGCUCUUUGUUUGCCGGGAGAUUCUGCUGCAAGAAGCGAAAAAGGUGGCGAAGAGCAACUACAAGUUUGACAAAACGAAGAACAUGAAUCGCGAUUUCGUCAUGGGGUGCAUCGUCGGGACGGGGGGAGAUCUCCUGAAUCCGCACAACAUCUCCACGCCCGCCUGCAUUCUCGCCGCCGCCGCCUUCGACCGUAAAGAUUCCCUCGGGAUCAAAAUGCUGAAGUACGGUAACGUAGCGUCCACGGCUGCGGGCAGCGGGGCGGCGGACCUGCUGGAGAGUCUGGGCGCCCACUUGACCGCGAUCGACAGUUUCGAGAACGUGGACAAAGUGCUGCACGAGACGGAAAACUUCUCCUUCGUGUUUGCCCGCCAGUUCUUUCCGAUCCUGAAGAAGUUCGGACCGCUGCGCGCGAAGUACUCCAAGCUGCGAGCCGCCAAAACGGCGCGGAGGAAGUCGCCGACCCUGUUCAACUACCUCGGCCCGAUCGUAAACCCCUGCGAGUUGGAGGUGUCCGUGUUGGGCGCGCACAGCAGCUUGGUCGCCCGGGCCUACGCGCUCGUGUUUUCCAAGGGGGCACAGCACAGCUCGACCACUCUGCCGAAAAAGCUCAUAGUCAUCCACACGACCGACGGGGUGGACAAAGCCACACCGGUAGCGGGCGUGAAGCAAACGGUCCAGGUGGUGUUCCCGCGGGAAGACGAGGGGGAGAAGCGGUUGCCACAGCCGAUGACUCUCACUUGCGAAGACUUUGGUGUUAAGGGGAGCACAGCGGAAGAAGUGUACUCGCUGACCGGUUUAAUACAGCCGAGAGCUGGAGGAACAACUGCGGCUGGUACAACCGCAGUAGACCAAAAUGCUGUGAACGAGAAAAGAGAAAACGCGAUCAAUAUGCUGACGCUGUUUCGGCGGGAGGCGAAACUGCUGGAAAAGAAGAAGAAGCAUUUCGAGAACUUGCGCAACUUUACCGCCAUGAACGCGGCGUUGGUUUUGUUUUUGGACCGAGCCCCCCACGUACUGCAGGCGUUUUCGCCUGCCCAAUCCAGAGCCUGGCUGAAGGCCUGCACGGAAAAGUGCCUCUCGUUGCUGCAGCCCCGACCGGCCACGGAGCCGGAGGAUCAAGACGGAAACCCGCUUUUUUUGCUGCACAAAUUCAUCUGGGCCACGAACUUCGUCGGGACUCACAGCGCGAAGCACAAGGACGCGGGUCUGGUCGACCGCAUCUGCAAAUACACACUCAUUCGGGACGAGGUGGAGCAAAGAGCGUUCGGGGUCGUGAAUCAGAUAGAAAAUAAAAUCUCUGAUGCGUCUGUCAAUAUCUCCAUGCAGAAAACAAAAGACCCAUCGUUGACAGCUCCUUCCGGCACUAAGGAAAAUUUAUCCUCGCGCCAACAAGAAGUAAACGUCGCAUCGAUCUUUUCUCGAAUCGACAGCCGUAAGAAACCUGACAGCAGCUUCUUCGUCAUUCCGGAAGUGAAGUUGCAAACCCCGUCCGUGAAAAUCGGUCACUACGAUCGCCAGGACGGAUGCACGACUGUGAGCAGGUUCUUGCGGAGGUACUGUGAGGGCUUGCCAAACAACUCGUUUGACUUCUUUCCCGCGGUCUCAAUCCUCACCGAGCCCUGCUUCUUCAACGGGGCAGAAAAGUACUCCCAGGAAGCGCAGCAAACGUUAGGCGACCUCGCUGCACGUACCAAACAGAAAGAAGCUACAACUUCGCCGCAAUCCCGUCCGCCGGUGCUCAUGAAGGACUUCUUUCUGACCGAGCGCUCGCUGGCCCGCGCGAGGGAAAACAACGCGGACGCGGUUUUGCUCAUUGUCAGCCUCGCGGUUGCGGCUGACGGCGUCACAGCCGAAAACGGGUUUUUCGAGAAGCCGCUCGCGGAGAUGAUCAAGCUAGCGGUGGAAAAGUACAAGGUAGAGCCGAUUCUGGAAGUGAACAACGUCGCGGAAAUGCAACUUGCGCUGGAGGCGUGCGAAAAGGCGAAGCAGAAAAAAAUCGUCAUUGGCGUCAACAACCGGAACUUGAAAACCUUCCAAAUCGAUCUAAAGACCACCUCCAAGGUGGGAUCCUUCCUGGGACAGACAAAACAGGCCGGGAAAUACGGGCAGGUCGACGUGAAGCUGGUCUCUUUCAGUGGGAUCAAGGCACACUCCGAGAUGGUACAGACCAAAGCGGACUGCGGGCUCAUCGACUGCUUCCUCGUGGGCACCAGUCUGAUGCAGCAAGACGGGGGAACAGUCGGCGACCUCGUGUACCGCCUCUGUACGGGGAAAGAGCCGGGGCAGUGAAUGGGCUGCGGGUCCUAUCGAUUUUGACUUCGCUUUCAGUCGAUGGCAGAAGUAGACCUUGUGACAGUGAUUUUUCUUUGUGCUAUGUUGCUCUUGCGGAAAAGAGUCUUUUUCGCGCUAGCAAGUCCUGCGCAUUGGACGUGUGGCAGGACGGUAUUUUCUUGGCACAUGACACCCGAAGUUCGACCUAUGUUCUUUUCCGAUACAUUGUCAUUUCUGUCAAAUCAUUUUUACAUGCUCAGAGUUACCCGUAUAGUGUAGUGUGAUUUCUUUCUUCGCAACCCAAAAGUUCUUAAUAGCUCUCGUGAGUCUCCCCAGGUAAAAGGAAAGGCCUUUCUCGGAGAUAGAGAAUAAAGCUCGAUUAUAAAAGAAACCUAUGCAAUUUUCGAUUUAUCUUCACAACAAGAAAUAUUUCUUGGACCUUGUUUGUAGAAAGCUGGGUCUCAGGAGGUCUUGCUAACGCUCGUCACCCAUAGGAAACCUCGAUGGCAUUGCAUGCUCGAACUCUGCACUGAGUCUAGUCAGAGUUGCAUGCUCCCCCGAGGAUGAACACGCAUGAACAUGACCAAACCGCCUGCAUCUACACAUGGAAAAC